UGACUUGACACAGAAGCCACUCAGCUUCUUUGGAAAAUUCUUUAGUAACACUGGAUUAUUGCAUUGCAUCGUCCUAAAAAUAUUCAAUGUUAAAAUAUAUUUAUUUGCAAGUAGGUACCUCUCCUCGCUGCUGUUACACUUCAGUUUACUCUGCAGUCUUUACUCUGCAGAUAGACAACAUGGACGUCAGAGCUCUGUGCAUCAGACUGUUGAUGACCAUCAUGAUUCUGCUUGGUGUACAAGGUCAGAAAGUUGAUGCAGUUUCUCUUCGUGUUGUUCCAAACAGAUUGCAGUUCUUUGAAUAUGAAUCAGUAACAUUUUACUGUGAAGGAGUCGAUUAUUGUGAAGUUGUGCAAAAAUUCAAAGGGAAAAUAAAAUCAUGUAACAGAACUAACGUGAAGACACCAACAGGAUCAUCCUGCAAGAUGAAAACUCUUUAUACAGACGACAGUGGAGAGUACUGGUAUGACACUGAAGGAGGAAUAAGAAGUAACAUUAUCAACAUCUGUGUCACUAAUGGUCCUGUGAUCCUGGAGAGUCCUGCUGUUCCUGUGUUAAUUGAAGAAACUGUGACUCUGAGCUGCAGAAACAAAACUAUUUCCUCCAACUUUACAGCUGAUUUCUACAAAGAUGGAGGUCACAUCCAUAGAAGCUCCACAGGAAACAUGACCAUUCACAGAGUUUCAAAAUCAAACGAGGGACUUUACAAGUGUAACAUCUCAGGAGCUGGAGAAUCACCAGAGAGCUGGCUGAACAUCACAGACUCUCAAAAUGUAAAUUCAACUACUAAUCCAGACAGUCACAAAGAGGCAGGUCCUUCCUCCUCUGCUGCCACACCUUGGAUCACUGCCACCAUUUUAUUUAUUUUUCUCUUGAUUGUGACCAUGGGACUGUAUCACUUUAGCAAAGAGGCCAGUAGAGUGAAUGCAGGUAGAGCAACAUGUGCUGCUGUAAGAAAAAACAGGAAGAAGAAAGAAAAUAGUCCUGCACUGUCCUCUACACCAGUUUACUACAGCUUUGUCCCGAGCGACGCUCAACCACAAGAUGGACUGUCCAGUAGACCUAUUUACAGCUUAGCCCAGGGUGACACUCAACCACAAAAUGAAGAUGAACUGUCUUCUAGAUCCAUUUACUACAGUUUAGCCCAGGGUGACACUCAGCCACAAGAAUCAGAACCCACCAAAAAAAUCCUCUCACCAGGUAUAAACCAACCCAUACCAGAGAAUCUCUUUUAUUCUCCAAUACAGAUGGUAAGACUGGGGGCAGCUAUGCCUUAUGUGUUGCAUUCAGAUAAUAUGUGAUGAAGAUGAAUAAAUGGGAUGAAUGGGUUUCAUAGUGUAGACACUCCAAUGCUAACUCCAGUGUUAUAAUAUAGAUAUACAGUGGUGUGAAUAAGUUUUGGCCCCAUCCUGAUUUCCUAGUGUUUUGCAUUGUCAUAAUAACAUGUUUCAGAAAUAUCAAACACAUUUUAAUAACAGACAACGAUAACUCGAGUAAAUACAAAAUGCGAUUUUUAAUUAACAAUUCCAUUGAUUGAGGGAGAAAAGUUAUACAAACCUACCUGAUCCUGUGUGAAAAAUGAUUACUCUUUUUGUUAAAUCAUGAAUUAACUGUGAUUAAUCACAUUGUUUGGAAAGCUGGGAAAGUUCAGUUUCACUAACAGUACUCAGGCCUGAUUACUGGCAGACUUGUUGAAUCAAGAAAUCACUUAAAAAAACAAAACAAAACAACAACAUCAUCAUCAUCUAAAGAAACACCGGAGAAACAAAGCCGCUGAAAUCUAUCAGUCUGGAAAGGGUAACAAAGCCAGUUCUAAUGCUUUGGCACUCUAAUGAACCACGGUAAGAGCCAUUAUUAUACAAAUGGAAAAAAUCCUGGAAGAGUGGUGAAUCUUCCCAGGAGUUACUGGUCUACCAAAAUUACUUCAAGAGCACAUCAACGAAUCAUCCAGGAAGUCACAAAAGAACUCAAAGAACCACAGGCCUCAUGUUUCAGUUAAGGUCGGAGUUCAUGAUUCAACCAUAAGAAAGAGACUGGUUAAAAAUGAUGGAAGAAUUCAAGGAGAAAACCACGGGUGAUCAUAAAGCCAUGCCUCACAUUUGCCAAAAAACAUCUUCAUGACCUCAGAAACUUUUGGGAAUAUAUUCUGUGGACUGACAAAACAAAAGUUUAUUUUUUUGGAAAGUUUGUGUCACAUUACAUCUGCAAUAAAACUAACAGCAUUUAAGAAAAAGAACAUCAUAGCAACUGUAAAAUAUGGUGGUGGUAGUGUGAAGGUCUGGGGGUCUUUUGCUGCCUUAGCCAAAGCAUCCUGAAGGAGAAUGUCCGGCUAUCUGUUCGUGACCCCAAGUGAAGCAGACUUGUGUUUUACAGCAGGGCAAUGAUCCAAAACAAGUCCAGCUCUGAAUGGCUUAAGAAAGACUAAAUGAAGAUUUUGGAGUGGCCUAGUCAAAGUCCUGACCUCAAUACUGACCUGAACUGAGUUGCUGUGGCAUGACCUUAAAAAGGCACAGUACCAUGUAGGUUUGGAUUUUUUCACUCUUAAAAGUAACACCUUUAUUUAGGAACUGCAUUUUGUGUUUACUUGUGUUAUCUAAGUGUGUUAUCUAUUUAAAUUUAUUUGAUCUGAAACAUUUACGUGUAACAAAAAUACAAAAUAUACCAACUAAUACCAACUAAGAAAUCUGGAAGAGGGCAAACACUUUUUCACACCACUGUAUAUAGCUUAUAUACUCACUCUCAAACGUGUGUGUUAAAUAAUGCUGCCAUGAAAAAACACGUAUGUAGAAAAAAAUCCUGAAAAAAUCAGUUCAGAGUAUAAGAAAAAUAUACUUUACAUCAAAAAUGACAAUACAUGUUUGGCAACUACUCGUUGAAGUUAAAAUUGGCUGUUUAAUGUACAGAAUACAAAAAUUGUUUCUAUGUUUUUUUGUUUGUUUUAGUUAAAUUUUAUUUUUUAUCUAUACCAUUCUAUCUUGCAGGUUGCAGAGUGAACUGAUCGAAGACAUAAUCACAUCUCAGUGAGAGAUUUUGUAAUUGAAAAAUUUUCAUUUGGUUUUGGUUUCCAUGUUUAUAAAUUGUGAUAACUUUUGUCUAGUUAGUUAGACAAAUCUGGCUGCCAGACGCACAUGUUUAUAAGUAGAUAUGAGGCUGAAUGCUAAU